GACACACGCACACGCACACGCAGGAGUACAGGAGACAGUAGAGGCUGCUACAAUGGACAUGGGACGCAUGCAUGCCAGGAGGCUUCUGUCGCACGCCGCGGCGACGCCGGCGGUCGCGGCGCCCGGCCCGUCCGGGCAGACGCCGCCCUCGAGCCCCUUCGGCUCCGUGGACGCGACGGUGAUCUCGAUCCUGUCGCUGCUCCUCUGCGUCCUCGUCGUGGCGCUCGUGGUCCGCGCGUUCGUCCAGUGCGCGUGCCGCGUCACGCGCCGCGUGUGCUACGGCCCGGCGGAGGCCCCCGGCGACGCAGAGGCCGGCGGCCUGGAGAGGACCGUGCUGCACGCCGGCGCCAGCGCCGGCGGCAAGAAGAAGCGGGCGGGCAAGGGCGCCGCCAUCCGUGCGAUCCCGACGAUGGAGUACUCGGCCGAGAUCGAACUCACCGUGUGCUGCUCCACCGAGUGCGCCAUCUGCCUCGCCGACCUGAAGCAGGGCGAGCGCGUCCGCGUGCUGCCGCGCUGCCACCACGGCUUCCACGUCCGAUGCAUUGACCGAUGGCUCUCCGCGCGCCAGACGUGCCCCACCUGCAGGCAGGAGCCGUUCGCGCCGCAGGCCCGGCCCGAAGAGGCGGCCGCCGUGCAGGUGCACGUCGACGCUGCACAGCUCGAGAUGGUCUAGACAACCUACAUGCGUGAAAAAUCGUUCGAUGAAAAUUGUACAGUACUAGUGAACGGUGGAAAAAAAAUAUGAAUAGUGAACAAUUUUGCA